GGGGCUGCUGAGCGGCGGCAAAGAAGUGGCACCCCGUGCCAUGGUUCCUCUGGGCACCGGCACCGGCUGGCUCGGCGGAGCCUGGGAGUCGCGGGAAUCUGGCAUGGGACUGAGCGCCGAGCCUUAGACACAGCUGAAUCCUGUGUUGUGUAAACGAGCUGAUGGAUGAAGAUGAAAAGGACAGGGCAAAGAGGGCUUCACGCAACAAAUCUGAGAAGAAAAGGAGAGAUCAGUUCAAUGUCCUCAUUAAGGAACUCUGCACAAUGCUGCAGGGACAUGGCCACCCUCUUAAGAUGGACAAGUCUACAAUACUACAGAGGACCAUUGACUUCUUACAAAAACAAAAAGAAAUCACAGCCCAAUCAGAAGCAUGCGAAAUCAGACAAGACUGGAAACCCUCAUUCCUUAGCAAUGAGGAAUUCACCCAGUUGAUGUUAGAGGCUUUGGAUGGAUUUCUAAUUGCACUUACCACAGAUGGAAUUAUUAUUUAUGUAUCUGAUAGUGUCUCAUCUCUUCUUGGCCAUUUACCGUCAGAUUUGGUGGACCAAAAUAUAUUAAACUUUCUGCCUGAACAAGAACAGAGUGAAGUUUACAAGCUUCUCUCUCCACACGUGCUUAUGACUGAUCCAGUCGCAGCUGACUUUCUAAACACUGAAAAACAAAUAGAGUUUUGCUGCCAUUUAGCGAGAGGAAGAUUAGAUUCCAAUGAACCUUUGACCUACGAAUAUGUGAAAUUUGUAGUGGAAUUUAAAUUUUUUACUCAUGUGCCUACACCCUCGUGUAAUGGUUUUGAGUCAGCUAUUGCAAGGGCUUUCAAAUCAGCAACAGAGGAACAGAUUUGCCUGGUAGCAACAGUUCGUCUGGUCACGCCACAAUUUUUAAAGGAACUUUGCAAUGUAGAAGAGCCAUGUGAAGAAUUUACAUCAAGACACAGUUUGGAAUGGAAGUUUCUUUUCCUGGACCACAGGGCUCCACCCAUCAUCGGAUACUUACCCUUCGAGGUGCUGGGAACAUCAGGAUAUGAUUAUUAUCACGCUGAUGAUCUGGAGUUACUCGCUAGGUGUCAUGAACAUCUAAUGCAAUUUGGAAAAGGAAAGUCCUGUUACUAUAGGUUCUUGACGAAAGGUCAACAGUGGAUUUGGUUGCAAACUCACUAUUACAUCACUUAUCACCAGUGGAAUUCCAAGCCUGAAUUCAUUGUUUGCACACAUACUGUUGUAAGUUAUGGAGACGUUCGAGCAGAAAGAAGACGAGAUCUAGGGCUUGAAGAAUCAUCAGUGGAGCUGGCUGCUUCUUCCUUAAAGAGUCACAGUAGUUAUAUAAACAUCAGGCAAUGUGAAAGCAACCAAGACACCAGUAGGGAAAGAGUGUCUGUGUCAUCUCACAGUUCCCGCAGAUCUUCACACACAGCCAUGUCCGAUUCUGCAUCUACGUCAUCCAUGCGGCCAACUGAAGCCAGCACUCCGACGAGGCCGUUGGUUUGCCUGGGUCAAGAUAAGACCCCCAGGAGGCUGUCCACCAGCAGCAGCUCCCAGGCUAUAGUACCUCCACAAGCACCUGCCGAACACCUGACUCAACAUCAUCUGGCCCAGGCAGCGGUACCCGCCCAGCAAACGCUAAUGCCAGUGUACCACUUUCCCGCCCAGCUAGGGAUGAUGCACCAGCUCAAGGAACAGCUGGAAGAGAGGACACGUAUAUUACAAGCUGACAUCAAAACGCAGCAGGAAGAGCUUCAUGUGAUAAAAGAACAGCUUCAACUUGUGCAGGAUUCCAACUUGCAGAUGUUGAUGCAACAGCCCCUUCCUCUGGGCUUUAACCAUUCCCCAUCCCAGACUCCACGGAGGCCUUCCCGGCAGACCCCUGGAGCGAGCAGGCAGCCUCCCGAAAUAGCCAAGAAAUCCCACGUGGCACUCAUGGGACCCAAGCAUUACUGUGCUUCACACUUACCCUCGCCAUGCCAAUUCCUCAGGGAACCCUGUGUCACCACCGCCCAGGUACAGCAACCGCAGCAUGUGAUGCGAGGAAGCCAGGCCCAGCAGACACGCCUACCAGCUCACACUAGUAUUUCCAUGCCCCUCUACAGCAAUCCUGUGCUCUUUUCCCAGGCGUCUCCCAUUACUGUCUCUGCUCAGAUGCCAACUGAGAUCAGUGAAAGGCAACAACCCCCCGAAUACAGCCAAGACCGAAGCUUACGAUUUGUCCAAGAUCAGCAGCAGAUGCUGCCCUCAUUACAGAUGCAGCCCAUUACAUGUAGCACCAUCAUCGCUCCCUCCUCUUCCUCCUCCUCGUCCUCUCCUGCCUUCACCCCUUCUGUGAUGAUCUCCCACUCCAAUUUCCCUUCCCACCAGACACACCAGGUUCAACUCCACCAAUGGCCCCAACAACCAGCACCACAGCAUCAUCUCUACCUACAGAUGGCAGCUCCAGAAUCCGUCCAUGGAGGACAGGCCCAGCGUGUUUUCCAGCCGUCCCACCUUCCCCCACAGGGCACCAUGAGCUAUUUCCUCCACCCUCCUCAACAAAGCCAUUCCCCACAGAGCCUACAGGACCUGCCAGAGAUGCAGCUGCCAUGACAUCCAGCAGGAAUGUAAGGGUGACAGUAACUUUGGAAAAAACUGCAGGGGAUAAAAUAGAGGAAAGGACUGACAAGUGCCAAGGAGAGGAACCACACCCGUAGAUCAAAGUGGUAAGAUGGAACUCCGCAGAAAAUCUGGUGCCUGGGGUAAAGGUUUUGCUGAGAAAGGAUGAUUCUCCAGGAAUCUCUCUGCUGACAUUUAUUCCUUGGGCACAAACCCCAUAGGGGGCAUUCCUUCAAGAAGUGCUGCCAAAGUGGCUGGUUCACGGUGUAACAGUGUGACCUAGGACUUGAAACUGUGGGUAGUUACCAUGGGUCUGACACCAUAUACCCCACAUGUUGAGGUCAUAUGAAUGUUGAAAGAUUGGCUGUAAACAGUAUGGUUGAUUUGGGAAUUCCUUUCUGCCAAAGCAAAUCAUCUGAACUGGUUCAAAAUCUGGUAAGAGAUGAGGUUUUCUUUUGCGCAAUGCCCAUUGGAAGAGAACCCAGCUACCCCCACCACAAGCCAUUCACCACCUUUAUGGUGCCGCCUCAGAACCAGAGAUGAGUGAUUUCCACCUGCAGAUCCGUGGGAGCAUUCAGCAGUUACAAAAAAUUAGUUCAGGACUUUGGUGAUUCAUAGAAAUUUUACUGAAAUUCACUGUGAAUAUAAGACCAGCUUUUAGGACACAGCAACUGUAAUACCAGCAGGAUUGUGUUUAAGGUUUGUGUACAGACCUCUUUUCAUCAAAGUAGUUCAAUCGUGGGUUACUUCGUACAUUAUUUUAUCCUUUUACUUAUACCUCAAUACCAUAGCAUUUUUUCGCAUCAUUGGUCAAUGCUGCUAAUUUAUUUAACACCACUCUUGCCUGAAAUUCUUACUAUUGUUAUACCAGCUCACUUCACAGCUAGUAAGAUGCAUAUGUUUUGUUUUUGUUACCGAAUACGCAUUAAUUUAGACAGUUUCGCUCCCUGUGGUCAGUGCAGGCCAACAGCCCUUCUCUUAACUGCCAAUGCUGCAGGUAUUCUAUCGCCACCUCAAGAUCAGUGAAGGCAAACUUUGGGGUUUUGCUAGUUAAGUUCCAAGUGGGCAGUUCUUAAAAAGUUUCAUAUUACACUAAUAAUGAGACCAUGUUGCAGGGCAAUAGGGUUAGCAAUAAAUUGUAUUUCUGUAAAUUAUCACUUUGGCAUGUUAGGAGAUUCAUAGUUAUGUCUUUUCCCCCUCAGAGGUUGUUGUUCUAGAGGUCCUUUCCAUUUGAGGCUCUCCCACCUGAGUGGUUGAUGUUCACCAGUUUACACGCCCAGCAUAAAAGAUAGGAAGAUGGUCAUCGUAACGUGGUCUUUCCAGUACUUUUAAAUCGUGCAAGAAAUCAUUUGUGAGCAUUUGGGACUUAUUCACAAAGUACUAUUUUGGUUGGAUGUUAGCAGUAAAGUUUAGGGUAAUCUAUUAUGUAAAAUGAAAAGAUGAGUUAACAUCUGCUAAAUAAAUGCCUGGUAAAUUAGACUGUAGCUAGGAAGCAUGGCGGGUGGCUGUGGCUUCGUGUUGAAGUGGAUCUGAGGUGAUUCUGAUUCUUGUGGGAAACCUAGCUCUUGUCCUAUGCAGUGUUGUUCAGGGCCCCACUCCUUCCCAGUGCAUUUCUGGGUUCUGCCAGGUGCGGGGUGAGGAUCAGAAGGCCUGAGGUUGACCUAUCCUUAGGUCUUCACCAUUCCUUGUUGUACUCUGAGCAAAGCUUUGCCAUUUGGAUAGAACAGCUAGCAAUUGCCAGGAAAGACAGAGCAUCAUCAAAGGAAAUAGGAAAAGAGAGAUGGGUUUUUUGUCUUAAAAUGCAAGUCCUGAGCCACCGACAAUCUUUCAGCAAGACUGAUUCUUCCCAACAGAGAAGUCUAUUCCAGGAGUAAGUAGAUUGGAUCUUCCUGCUAGAUUGCCAUCAGAGAACUUGAGGGCAGGGAUCAUAUUCAUUCACUCAUUCA